AUGGCUUACGUUGCCAAGUCCUUCUAUGACCUCAGUGCUAUCAGCCUAGAUGGGGAGAAGGUAGAUUUCAAUACAUUCAGAGGCAGGGCAGUGCUGAUUGAGAACGUGGCCUCGCUCUGAGGCACAACCAGCCGGGACUUCACCCAACUCAACGAGCUGCAAUGCCGCUUUCCCAGGCGCCUGGUGGUUCUUGGCUUCCCUUGCAACCAAUUUGGACAUCAGGAGAACUGUCAGAAUGAGGAGAUCCUGAACAGCCUCAAGUACGUCCGCCCUGGGGGUGGAUUCCAGCCCACCUUUACCCUUACCCAAAAGUGUGAUGUGAAUGGUCAGAAUGAGCAUCCUGUCUUUACCUACCUGAAGGAUAAGCUCCCCUACCCUUACGACGACCCGUUUUCCCUGAUGACCGAUCCCAAGUUCAUCAUUUGGAGCCCUGUGCACCGCUCAGAUGUGUCUUGGAACUUUGAGAAGUUCCUCAUCGGGCCAGAGGGGGAGCCCUUCCGCCGCUACAGCCGCACCUUCCAGACCAUCAACAUCGAGCCUGACAUCAAGCGCCUCCUCAAAGUUGCCAUAUAA